AUGUGUUGGAAUAUAUUUAGUUUCCUAAUUUGUUAUUUUAAACAUAUCAUUAUUUCCUUUUAUUUCUCCUAAAAUCAAGGAGAUAGCCAGUUGUACUUUUAUUAUAAAUACCAGCCUUGAGCUGAGGAAUAAAUCAAUAAAGCAUUCUCUCAUAUUUUUAACAUGGUAUCACGAGACCUAGGUUAGGGUUAGAGUGCUACUGUAAAGCUUUCCACAACUAGUGGGGUUCGGGGCGACCCGUUCUUUUACCCGACCCAUUCCCAUACCCGUUUAGCCUCUCAUGGCCGACCACAACAAGUGGCCUUCCCUAGGCCAGGCCUAUACCGGAUCCUCGGUCAAUAACGAUGGCCAACCUGCAAGUGCUGGCCGCGGAAACGGAGGAGGUGGCCGCGUAGACGGAGCUGGCCGCGGAGACGGUGGUGGCCGUGGUGGUGGGAUACCAGACUUCGGAAAGAUACCAGACUUUAUCGCUACCAGUAGCGGUAAUGGCGGAAACAACGAAAACAGGAAUAAACCUGUUUAUGGUGACAGAGAUUUCAACACAGGCUUCAAAGACAAGGAGGGUUCCUCCCUCAAGGUCGAUAUUCCUAAGAUGAACGGGAAUAACUAUAAUCAAUGGGCCCAAACUGUUCGAUUGGUAUUGGAUGGCAAAGGAAGACUUGGUUUUUUGACGGGUGCUUUCGCUGAACCGGCACAAGGAGACCCACUUCACCAACAAUGGAAGUCUGAAAACUCCAUGAUUAUUGCCUGGUUAGUAAGCACUAUGGAACCUGGCAUAGGCAAGCCUUACAUGUUUUUGCCUUCAGCAAAGGAUGUGUGGGAAGCUGUUAAGGAAACAUAUUCUGAUAUCCAAAACGCCUCUCAAAUCUUUGGUUUAAAGUCACGAUUAUGGCAUGCUAAGCAAGGUGACCGGAAUGUAACUACUUAUUACAAUGAGUUGCUGACCUUGUGGCAAGAGUUGGAUCUUUGUUAUGAUGACAAUUGGAAAUGCGCAGAAGAUAGUGUUUUAUUUCUAAAGAGGCAAGAGAAUGAUCGUGUGUUCAUGUUUCUCGCUGGGCUGAAUAAAGACCUUGAUGAGGUAAGAGGUCGAGUUUUGGGAAAGGUUCCAUUGCCAACUCUUCGUGAAACUUUUGCAGAAAUAAAAAGGGAGGAGGCACGACAAGGAAUUAUGAUGGGCAAGACACCUCGCAUCUCUGAAUCUGAAGGCUCAGCUUUGGCAACUAGAAACCCCUACGAAGGAAAAAAACCAGACGAAGUUCCUCGAUGUGAUUACUGCAACCGCGAAUGGCAUACGCGUGAAGAUUGUUGGAAGCUCAAAGGCAAACCUCCUAACUGGACUCCUAAUUGGAAGAAGAAGAAAGGUGGUCGUGCAUUCCAAGCAAGUAAUUCUGAUCAAGGACAACAAUCUACUUCAACUCAGGGUCCAUUCACUACGGAACAACUAGAGAAACUGUUCAAACUCCUCGAGUCUCAAACUCCCUCUUGCUCUGUAGCAACAAAAGGAUUUGAACUCGGGAAAGAUGAUUGGCAGCGCUGAGGAGAGUGGAGGACUCUACUACUUUGACAUUGGAUCUGCAUCACAACUACCUUCUGAAACAAUAAGUUCCUGCUUUGAGUCUUUUUCUGUUUUGAAUAAUCAUGAUGACAAUAUUAUGUUAUGGCAUUUACGAUUAGGUCAUCCUAGU